AUGUUCCCCCAAGUCAGGACGUGCCGCCGCAAGGGUGUCCUCUCCGCCCUCCUCAUCUUCUUCCUCGUCGCUUUAGCCGCCGCCGCCGACGACGACGCCUUCGACGAGGGGACGGCGAACGCGACCCUCCAGGACCUGAGCCACCUGUACAUCGCCCCGGACGCGUCGUGCGCCGGCCACGAGGGCCAGUGGAACUGCCUCUCCGAUAGGUUCCAGCACUGCACGGACGGGCAGUGGACCGCCGUCCUCUCGUGCUCGGGCGCCGAGAGCGCCAGCGCCGUCGACACCGGCUCCGACUCCGUCUCGCUGUGCAGCCCGCUGGGGAAGACGGACGUCGUCGACUUUGAGGGCGAGUGCAGCGCGGCCUGGGGCUGGGGGGGCGGUGGCGGGUGGGGUGGAGGGGGCGUGAGCUGCAACGGGAACGGCUGCUACCGCGGCACCGGGACGAGGUUGGGCGUCGGGCCGUGGGUGUAUGUCUCUGUUGUCGGGGCAGUGGUCGUGAGGUUCUGGUGA